UUCUAGCAGCUGCCCUGCUUGGCAGUCUGGCUAUGGCUCAAUUUUCCAAGGACCCCCAGCUUCCUCAGAUUCCGCAAUACAAACCACCUCCACAACAACCUCAGCGGCCUCAAAAGCCAGAUAAUCCUCCAAAAUACCCCCGCCGAGGGAUCCUCAGCGGCCCCAGACGCCUAAGCCCCCAAGUCCUCAGUAUCCUCAGCCUCCGCAGACUCCCCAGAAGCCUCAACAGCCUCCCCAGAAGCCUCAUCUUCCUCCGCCGCCUCCGGACUCCCCUCCAUCAUACCACACUUGUGAAGUGGCUGAGCAGUACAAGAUACAGUGCGGUGCUCCUGGGCUCACUGCUUUAGAAUGCGAUGCCAUCGACUGCUGCUUUGAUGGACGCAUGUGCUAUUAUGGCAAAGCUGUGACUCUUCAGUGCACCAAGGAUGGCCAGUUCAUCAUCGUGUUAGCCAGAGACGCCACCCUGCCCAGCAUCGAUUUGGAGACUAUUUCUUUCCUUGGAAACGAGCCGAUCUGUGCCCCUGUUGGCACCACUUCUGCUUUUGCUAUCUACCAGUUCCCUGUCACUGCCUGUGGCACUACUGUGACGGACGAGCCUGGCACUUUAACAUACGAGAACAGGAUGACUUCCUCAUACGAAGUGGCUGUUGGACCCUAUGGAGCCAUUACCAGGGACACCUACUAUGAGUUACUUGUGCAGUGCAAAUAUAUUGGCACCACAGUUGCAGCUCUGGUGGUUGAGGUUAGUAAGGUUCCUGCACCAAUUCCAGUUGCAGCUCCUGGACCUCUGCGUGUGGAGCUCAGGCUGGGCAAUGGAGUGUGUAAUACCAAGGGCUGUAACGAAGAGUUGGUGGCCUACAACUCCUUUUACCAGGAUGCAGAAUACCCCAUCUUAAAGGUGCUCAGAGAUCCUGUUUACGUUGAGGUCCGAAUGCUGGAGAGGACUGAUCCCAACCUUGUUUUAACUCUGGGAAGAUGCUGGGUAACUAGCGACCCCAACCCUUACAGUCUUCCUCAGUGGGACUUGCUGAUUAAUGGCUGCCCUUACCGUGAUGACCGUUACCUGACAAGACUGAUCCCUGUGGAUUCCUCGUCAGGACUCACAUACCCAUCUCAUUACAGACGAUUUGUUUUCAAGAUGUUCACUUUUGUAGCUACAGGUGGACAGACUCCCAGCAAGAAAGGGGCUGCGGAGCCAGAGGGUCCGAUUCCUCUCAGAGAACUGAUGUACAUCCACUGUGACGCAGCUGUGUGCCAACCUUCUCUUACAAAUAACUGUGAACCAAGAUGCAGCAGAAAGAGGAGAGAGAUUGCUGGUUCGGUCCAGAAAAUCGUCAGACCAGAGACAACCAUGGUCAGCAGUGGCGGGAUUAGCAUCACUAGCCCAAGUACUGAGUAACAACAUUCAGACAAACAUUCUUAUCAUGACAUCUAUGUUCCUGAUGAUUGCUUAAAAAUCCCUGAGCUUCAAGUAAAUCUUCAACUUGCUGAA